ACAGCUGUGGGGAUGGGCAGGAUAGAAAAACUUCCAGUUAUAGAGAGUCUUCAUCUAGCAAGUGAUGGGAACAGAUGCAGAAUCCCAUAGCCAAAAACGUUGGGCAGAGCUUGGGGAAUCCUACAGAGGAAGGAGAGGAAGGCUAGGAGAAACAGAUGGGCCAAGGACACCAUGAGACCAUAGUCCACAGAAUCAACUGAUAGGAACUCUAGGAGGCUCUCAGAGAUCAGAGAGCCUGGAUGGGUCUGACUUAGGUCCUCAGCAUAUAUAUAUUAUGGCUAAGUAGCUUGGUGUUCUUGUGGGAUUUCUAAAAUUUGGAGCAGGUGUGUCUCUAACUCUUUUGUCUACUUGUGGGAUCCUUUUCUUCCUACUGGGUCACCUUGUCCAAUCCUCAUGUAAUGGUUUGUGUCUGGUGUUAUUGUAGCAUAUUAUGUCAUGUUUGGUUGAUAUUCCUGGAAGGCCUGCUCUUUUCUGAGAGGAGAGAGGGUAUAUCUCAGGGAGAGGGGAUGGAUGGGGGAGGAAGAAUCUGGUGGGGAAAUUGUGAUCACGAUGUAAUGUAUGAGAGAAAAAUAAAAAAUUAGAAAAAUUUAAAAACAGGCGAAGCAUAAUCAUUUUUCUCUUUUAUUAUCGUGUUUUAAUAUAAAUAUAUAUUUCAUUUUCAGAAAUAGAAGGGACAUGUCAUUUACUAGUAGUGUCUUUGCCUAAUGUGCACAAAAUCCUACAUUUUAACUGCACCAUUGGAAAAAUGGCUUUCUCCUCAUCUUAAAUUGAGCUGUUGUUUAUUUUGGCAAUAAUAUAUACACCAAUGUAGGUCUGGUCUUUCUUAACCACUGAGCAAUUUCUUCAGUCAAUCUGAUCUUCCUUAUAAGUAGACCAUUUGUCACUGUAUGUGAUGUUUAGCAUAUAAAGGGCGCUGAAGAAAUGACUACUGAGGAAUGAUAGCUGUGCCACUGGUGGACUUACGGUAACUAACCAGGUAGGCAGAGCAUCCAAAGCUAAAGGUCAGCCAAAUAGAAGUAACAUCACCACUAGUGUGAAGUGCCUCUUUGUAGAUGACUGGAUUAUAGGCAUUGUUUACCUGAACUCUCCAGCUCAGCCCCAUUUCUCUUUCUUCACACCCCACCCUCUCAGAAAAACAGCCAGAAAGCCUAGUUCUGCAUUCUUGGUGAUUGAGAGGGGGCAGCUCCUUCCCUAAAGCUGCCAGCUGCCCAAUCCCUGCCUAAAGUAUUAUAAUUGGGCACAAACCCAGCUUGUGGCAGAUACAUCAUCACCCUGUGCCUACAUGGUAUUUAAGCUCCCUCCUUUAAAUCGGCCAUGUGAUUUUUUUUCUACCCCUUUCCCAGGCUCCGUCUCUGGGGGCUGGAGGAGUCACCUGGGAGUUGCUUUGCUCAGAAUAUACCUGGCCUCUUACUUUUUAAUUUGGCUUGAUCUGGCUUACUGAGUCAGCAGAGAAACCUACUAUUGGGCAUCACACUUAUUAGACAUCCUACUUCAUGAUCUCUAAACAGGACUAGUUAGAAUCAUGGAGUCUUAGACCCUCACUGGAGUGGAGGCAUUUUCUUAACUAAGGUGAAAAGAACCAGCAUUCCCUCGAUCAUCCUGGGUUAGAAGAAGGCCAAUAUUUAUACAGCACCUAAUUCUGGAGUGAGACAUAGGCAUGACUGUUUUUUAGUGUGAUAAAAAUGGACCACUGGGCUCAGGGUAGACUGGCCUCCCACCUCGAUCUGAUUAGCAGUCUGAGCAGGAACCAGCAGGGCAUCUGUGAUGAAAUAAAUGCUCUUUCCAGAGCAAGAGCCCUUUCUUUCAAGUGAACUGUGGUUAGAGUCUUAACUCACCUGGAAGGCCAAAGGCAUUAUGGUGGAGGUGGGACAGGAUUGUCGAUGCCUGAGAAAAGGACACAGCUUCUACUAACACACUCAGGGCAAAGAUCUUGUUUUUCCAGGGAACAAGUACUGGACUGGGAAUUAGAAUCUGUUCUGCUAUAAGCCACAAAUAGUUAGCAGAGUGUUCAGCUUGUUAAUGAAACCCAGCUCCUGAAUGGCCCCAGGUAAUAAUUAACAACCCAGAACUCUGUGGCAGUCUAAUCUACAAACCUGUCACUUUUAGUCUCUGGUACAAAGGCAUGCCCUGAACCCAACUAGUUUAAACCAAUGGCUUUUGUUUUUCUUUUUAAAGUCUGUUUGCAUUCCUUAAGACUCACCCUGUGCACUUGGAGCUGUGGGGGAGUGAUAGGAGAAUUCAGGUGCUCAUGGAAAACCUGGCUUUGACCUUUCAAAUAAUGAGAGUCUGGAUUCCAAAAAAAAAAAAAAAAAAAGUAAAAAAUUAAAACUGUAGGUAUGGGAAUAAGGACAGUUGGCACUUUAUCCUCUGGCUUUUAUGGGUUUUAGCAUCUUACAGAGCUGGGAAAGGCUGGUCUCAUCAACCCAAAUUAAACUUUUGAAAUCUACCUUAAAAAAUAAAAAUUUAGGUGGGUUGUUUUAAAAGAGAAGCCACUAAACUUCAUUUUAAGUUGCUUUCCUCUGUAAAAGCUAAGCAUUCACCACAGAGCUAAUACUCAGCUGCUCGUUCAAUCUUCUAAGGGUGCUUUUCAGUAAACAUGGUGAGUCACUUAUGAAUAAAAGCAAAGAUAGAAUUCAGAGAACAUGAAGCUGGGGUUGAUGGCUAUAGUCAUAUCUUAAGUGUUUAGCUGGCUCUAUUUAUGUUAAUCCUUAUGAAUCUACUUUUUAAAUUUUUCUUUAAAAAGCUUCCUACAGCUAUCUAGUCCCACUUCAAGCAUCAGUCUCUAUGACUUGUUUUUAAAGAACCAACUGAGCAACCAGGUGCCCAACUCCAUAAACAAACAGUAAACAGUGAACUCUUCCAGAGGACCCAGUCUCUAUUGACUCUGCCCCUCCUCGUCUGAGUUCUCAGUUAGGUCAUUCUGCCUAACUUUAUCCUGUCUACCUUUUGGUCAAACAGCUUUUAUUAUUAACCAAUAAGAGAAAUACAUACUCUCAGGGUACAGAAAGAUCUUCCCCCAACACACAUUCACUCACACAGAUGCACCAAGCAAUCAAUCUGAAAAGAAAAGAAAAAAAUAAAGUUACUCCCAACUGGAUCUUGUCAUCUUCAUGGGAAGUGAAAUGCAAUGGGAUGUGCAGACUUGUGAAAGCCUAAAAAGCUUUGAUAAUAUCUAAAUGCCCACUUCAAUGACUGCCUUAAAGCAUUCUAUUACAAACUUGGGUGCUCUCAAUUGAGAAACCUCUUUUGUAAUGCUCUGUGGAUGGAUAGCCAUUUGUAAGGAAAUGUUAAUAAAGGCUUGACAGCUUUAGACAGUAUAAACUGUGCUUUGCUGCAGUAAAAGAAUUUAUUCCUCACUCAUGCUACACAUCCAAAAAUACUAACCAGCUGAAGGAAGAAUCUGACUUCAGGUACAACCUCAUCAAGACACCUCAAGGUAGUCCUUAAGAUACACCUUCUGGUGUUUGGGGAAGUGGCUUAGCAGUUAAGAGAAUUGACUACUCUUCCAGAGGACCCAGGUUCAAUUCACAACACCCACAUGGCAGCUCACAUCUGUCUGUAACCCUAGUUCCAGAGGAUCCAAUACCCUCACACAGAUAUACAUGCAGGCCAAACACCAAUGCACAUAAAAGAUAAAUAAAUACUUUUCUUAGGAAAGAAGAUAUACCUUCUGCUGUCUUCAUUGUUCACUAAGCUCAAGGAGUUUUCAUCAUUGCAGGCUGACAGCUCUAAAACUCUAAGUUAUGGGAACUAAGAGAACUUCUUCCUAGGAGUUCACACAAACAAAAUCUCAGAGUUACUGUACCUGGAAAACGUGAGUUUCACAACCAUCCCUGAACCAAUCCCUGGAAGAAUGGAAAGGAUAAUGACUAAACACUAUUGUAACAUUUGGGCCAAAAUGAAGAGGACUAAUUUCUCAAGGCAAUCUAAGAGAAGUUACCAGAGGAAGAGAGACUUUAUUUAAAAAAACACAAGCAGGCCAGGCGGUGGUGGCGAACGCCUUUAAUCCCAGCACUCGGGAGGCAGAGGCAGGCAGAUCUCUGUGAGUUCGAGACCAGCAUGGUCUACAAGAGCUAGUUCCAGGACAGGCUCCAAAACCUCAGAGAAACCCUGUCUCCAAAAACCAAAAAAAAUAAAAAAAUUAAAAAAAAAAAAAAAAACACAAGCACACAUGACAACUUCUGUUAUAAAGUUUGAGGCGCUGCGUGCCAAUGACUCCUGUUUACACUUUCUGUAUGUUGGAGGAUGACAGUAAUGUCCCUGUGUGAUCUCUAAACAGUGAAAGAAAGGCUAUUCAAUUUAUUUAUUCAUCCGACAAAUGAUAUUCAAUAUCUAUAAUAUUCUAGAAACCCUUCCUUGAUGGGAAUACAACGUUGAACAAAAUAGAGACUCUGCCUUCAAAGAGUUCCUAGAGACAAGGCCAUUUUGUAAAAACAGUGGAGUAAUGAUCUGCAUGGUAUAAUGGGGACAGAGUAGUCACUGUUCUGUUGCUGUGAUAAAACACCAUUACCAAGGCAACCUACAGAAGAAAGGGUUUAUUUUGGCUUAGGAUUCCAGAGGAAUAAGAGUCUGUCAUGAUGCGAGAGUAUGUAACAAAUAUAGACAACGCGUUAGAAGCAGGAAGCUGAGAGAUCUCACCUUCAUAACCAAACAGAAAGCAGAGAGAGGGAACUGGAAAUGGGCUAUGAAAUCUCUAGUGACAUAUUUCCUCCAGCAAGGCCAUACUUCCUAAACCUCCCCAAACUCUGCUAUCAACUGGGGACCAAAUAUCCAAAUACUUAAGUCUAUGGAAGACAUUCUCAUUCAAAACACCUCAAGGGGUAUACACAAAGAAGGGGUAUGCACAAAGGGAUCUGUGACAUCUGACUGUUGCCUCCCAAACCUGUAACAUGUUUAGAAACCAAGAAACUUGUAAGAACUACAAUAUGCAAGAAUUGGUUUGUAUAUGAAAUGUUGUAUUCCUGAAAUUAACUAAGUCAGGCGGUGUCAGUUAUUUUUCUCCUUAACCAAAGAAGUGUGAUUGUUCAUAUUUUUUCUCAAAGCAGACACAAAAGACCUAAGAACUUUUGUGUGUGUGAAAGAGACACCAUUUUUGAAUCUCUAGAAAUACAGUCCAAUCUAAUUUUAAAAGCAGUAAAAAACAAUCUAAUUUUUUUUCUGGAGAACAAGCUUAUGUAAAUAGUUAGGUUUUCUGAUCUAAAGAUCAAAGUCUUGAAUGCAAAGUCCUUGAUGCCUCACUGUUAAUCAGAAUGUAAGAUGAAACACAUACUUGGCAUUUAAAUAGUGGCGGAAGUUUUUCAAGUGGAAAUAAUAAAUGCCUCCAGGAGAUAACUGUCCCAUAUUCUUGGAGACAAAUAGCCAAUAAUUUGCAAUCCCGCCUGCCAUUCCAAAUCAGAGAGCUCUCCAGGGAUGGGGGCAGGUGAGUGUGAGUGAAUGUGUUGCCAUCUAGAAUAAAGUCCUGAGCAGGCAUACUAACAAGUCCACUCCUCCUGAAAUCAAGGAAGUUGUAUAAAAUAUAAUGAGCUGCAAGAAUUUGUUCAUGCGUAAAAUUUGGAAAUAUUCGUAACACAAAUUCAAGUGGGAAGUGAUAUUUUCUGCCUAGAAACAAAUUCAUAGUAGGAAACUAGAAGGUAGACAUACAAAUUAAGGAGGUUUUAAAAACAGACUAUUCUUCAUUUUUAUAAAAAAAAAAAAAAAAACCCGUAUAGUGAGCAUCUGUGAUGGGCCUGGUGGUAUGCUAGACAGUGUGUGUGUCGGGGGCUGUUUUACUUGUCCUUGCCUCAUUGUCUCCCGGGAGAGAUAAGCUCAUAAGCACAUAGUUACAGCAAUGUAUCGCAUUUGCUGCAUCAGACAUAGUGCUGGAAGAGGGAACGGGUGUGUAAAAAGCUCUGUGGAAAUGCAGCAAAGUCACUACAGAGGUCCCCUGAAUGGAGCCAUCAAGAUAUGCUCUAUAGCUUUUGAAGAAGAGAAUAUGAGCAAGGCUGUACCUCUGAAGACUCCUGUGAGUGCUGGGAGGAGCUGACUGGAGAGGAUCUGGAAAUAGGAACAGCACCAAGGGGGACAUGGCAGCUAACAGCUAGAAAAUCAUAGCAUGACCUCACAAUUGGGCCAAAGGAGAGGAUCUCCUUUCAAUAGUACGGUACACUCUCGGUGCCCUGCAGGCUGUGUGCAGCCAGCCCUAGAAGAUUUCAAGCAUUGGAGAGGUUGGAGAAACUGCAGUUGGUGCUACGAGACGUUUCCCGAGAGCCCUCCUGGCAACUCGCCUUUUCCAAAAGGUGAAGUUACUAGCAGGAUUCUGUUUUGUAGUAUGGGAGAAGGGCGUCUCAUCAAAAACCUCCAGUUUCCUGACUAUAUCAACCUUUCUACCCUGAAGUGGGAAAAGGAAAUCAAGAACUUACCUGGGUUCAGAACCAGCCCCAACGCAUCCCUCCCGAACGCGCACUGCUGGGGAAGCGCGCCCAGGAGUGGACCCGCCAGCCCACGCUGGGAACUGGAAGCACCGAAGCCCUACUGCGACCGCAGACGCUGCCUUAAAACAAAAGAGGCGCCUAGGGAGGUGGGACCCGGACCUCAGCCCCCACCCCUUUACCCCCCUACUUGCUGCCUCCCGCCCCUCCGCCCCCCCCAACCCACCCCCGCUCUCUGUGUGCGCAUGAGCAGAGGCGCCUCCCUCGGUUCCUCCCAAGACGAAACUUUGUAA